GGUAAGAAUUCAGGAAGAUUUGAAGCAUAGCUGAUCCAUCUGGACAGAGUUUGAGCAAAUUAUAGAAAGAUCUAGUUUGAGAUAAACUGAAGUAUGUCCAAUGCUAAAAUAGCAACAGUAGACCCAUCAGACGAGUCCAAGGCCCUCGAAGAAUUCAAGAAAAAAGUCCCGACUUUAGAAGGGAAGAAUGGUCUCCUCAUCUUACUGGGCAUGACUAGUUCUCAAGGUGUCCCUGGAGCUGUUGUGGACAUUAAUAACAUAGAAAAGGUUUUCAAGUCAGAAGAAGUGAAUUUUGCUGUUUGGCGUAUCGAGAACCCGACUAAAGAGCAGAUCCCGGCUGUCAUGAAAGUCGUCUCGUCUCAGUCUUACCCUGACACUAUUGAUAAGGUUUUUGUGUAUUACUCCGGUCACGGGGGAAAUCAUAAUGGCCAAAAGUUUAUCAUACCACAUGCUGAAGUUGGGGAGGUUGGGGUCCGUUCGUACAUCAAGGAAGAUAUAAUCAUGUUUUUUGAGCCGCCACCUGUGAGCAAGCUCGGUCCUAAUGUGAAGCGAGUCUAUCUAUUUGACAGCUGCUUGUCUCCAGGUAAAGUGGUUGGCAGUACUGUUCCUAAAGUUGAAGACGCUUCUUUUGGUGAUUUGAGACAGCCGCUGCUCAUAGGACACUCUACAUCAAUGGAAGAAAAGGCUAAAGGAAAACCAUCAGACGGAGGAGAAUGGACAAACGCUCUAUGCAAGUUUAUCCGUGAGCUUCCAUAUCUUCCCUUCUCUUACAUCUUGGACAAAACCUGGAAGGAAGUUGUGAAGAGCACGAGUGGUGGUCAGUAUGUCCAGGGGCCACAUUAUUUGAAUUAUAUGGGGCUCUUCUUUUUGAAAGACGAAUACAAAGCUCAGUUCUAUGACAACCAUACUGUAGAGGCAGUGAAAAGUGGUAAAGGAGGAUCUCAACCUCCAAGUUCAGUAGGAGGAGGAGGAGGAGGAGGGGCUGAACUUCCAGAGGCAUAUGGUGGUGAUAUGCCCGACCUUGAGAAGAUAUACAACGUUACUCCAGAUCAGGCUGAUAUGAAAGCUGCUCUUAAAGACCUUGGAGAGACGGAUCGGGACACCUGGAGGAGAAGGUUUGGAGGUCGACUGAAAGGACCUUCAGGGACUCAAAUUAACUUCUGCACUAAACUGGAGUACCUCAUUGAGAAUAUGUAUACGUAUCGUCAUCCUUUCUCUUGGGGUGUGGUUCUAUAUGCUCUGGAUAACCCUGUCCCUAUAACAGGGAAAGAUAGAAAGAUGAUAUCUACCUCAGUCAGAGAGUACAUGGCCAAGAACUACGCCAAAUACGCCAAAUAAUAACUGUAUUGUGUGUCAUUUUAACUACUAGACCGUUUCGUUAUAGUAAAAUUUAUGAUGUAUGCAA